ACAAAAAUGACCGAGAAGGGCUCGACGAUUGCUGCAUACAUUCGCCGCUUCCGUGGUCCACCGACGUCCAGAGAAGAGAGGUCUCGCGAAUACAGAGCGCAAGACUUCUGGUGGCUGGACAAGAGAUCUGCCCUGGAAGAAGCCCAUGGUCGUGCGCAGCAUCAACUGUCACGUAUGGACGAUGAUGUCGACGAUCAGAGCAAGGCCUGGGACGACAUCGAUGGGCAUACCAUCUCUUCCUCGCGUGAAUAUGCUGACCAUACUGCUUCCGACACAGUCAUGUCCAUGAAUGAGCUUUCUGCAUCGACAGAUCUCGUCGCAUCAUCACUUCAACCAUUGAACACUGCGCCGGCAUCCCCGCCGCCACCACCACCACCGUCACCACCAUCGCUUCUCAACGGAAUUUCAUUUACAAGCAGUGCUAACAGUAGCGACGCUCCUCCUCUACCAUGCUCCACUGCGGCUGUGGACGACCUUCUUUCGCCCAAACGCACCAACAACGACGACUCCGCCUUUCGUUACGUCCAUGACGAGCUCGGGUCAUCCCUUUGGGAGGACAUAGGUCCCAACGUGUCGUCCACGUCAUCUUGCGCUCCACGCGUGAACGUUCCUUUAGCUGGGCCAUACCCUGGAAUGGAUGGGCUGGACGAUGAAGUGUCCAUGUCGAGCAGCAUCGAGUCGGCAUGGUAUGCGGUGCGACCGGAAGACGUCUUGAUGGAGCAUCCCGAGGUGACCAUUCAGCGUCUCCGCUCCCGUCUUGGUCUCAUGCCUUUGACGUCCACUUCGUCGCUGCCGUUGUCCCGCGCGGUCCGCUCUUUUCGAACGGAUGUGUCCGGAGUAGACGAUUCCACAUUGUCCCUCGACCCUUCCUUCGACAUGGCUCCGUACGCAAACGCCGUCGGCUCCCGCAUUUCACUCGAAAGCCCGCCACGAGUUCCUUCCGACGCGCCUUCGCGCCUCGUCCGCGACGAAGUGAUUUCUCCGAUGGUGGCAGAGCCGGCAUUUCUCGCACCGGCGCGCGCGAUGCAUUUUCCAGUGUUCAAGGUGACGACCAUGGCGCCAUGGAUACUUGAGCCACAGGUGGCGCCACCCGACACGUUCGCCUCAUCAGUGCUGUCCACGGCGCCUAUCCGAGGUGAACGAUUCAGCGAGUUUGUGCAUCCAGCAAGUGUGGACGCGCCAAACGCGGCAGCGCAAGUUGCUCGAGAUGAAGCUGAUACAACGUUCAAGUUGAAUGAAAGUGAUCCUCGUGAGCAAGACACACCCCGCGCGGCAGAGCAACUGCCUUCCGCGCACUCGACACCACAACAAGCGGAGCCUGCCAACGUUUCACCGUCAGCUUCUUCCAGUUCAAGCGGCCAGACGCCACCAAAACGACCCAGUGUCGGCAUUGCCUUUCGAGCGCCCAUCCACCCUCGUCGGUCUGUCGAGACGUACAAAGCGCCAACGGACGAAUCGCCAACUCCAGGUCCACCGCCUCCAGAAGUCGGUCAUGUCGUCGAGGAACUGGUGUCGUCCGUUGUCCUGUCGUGGGUGGAAGCGUCCUCGGUAGUGGAAGCACCGACGGAGGUGGAGGCACCCUCGGAGAUGGAAGCACAUGUCGAUGCUUUCGCCACCACACCCUUGCUGCAGGAAGAACAAGUUGUUGUCGAAGCAGAAGUGGCCGACGACAUUCCUUUUCUCCAACGAGAUCACGGCAUGGUAGUAGGCAGGAGAUCGUGCAGCCCAACAGGCGGCUCCGCGGAUACCGCCGCGGAGAAACCCACAUGCCCAUCCGACGAAAGUGAAUGGGACCACAACGUGCUGGACAACGACACGUGCGAGUUCUUGAAUGACGACGUCGUGCGCAUGCUGGUACAACGAAUCCUGCUGUGCGAAGAAGCUCUCGCGAUUAUGAACGCCCGAAACGUACUACAGCAAGCCCACGAAUAACUCGUCUUGGUCGUGAACCAAUUCAUGGUUGCUUGUCUGGGA